AUGGAACCUACUUUCCCGCUAUUUCGACAACCCGAGAAUGCUAUCGUUCACGUGCUCCAAAACAUGAAUUCUGAUCGACUAUUCAUCUUCUCCCUUGUCUCAACGAAAACCAAAAACCUUGUGACUUCAUUGGGAUUGAGAGCCGUUAGUGUUUACAUCGGCAUUUCUUUCGAAAUUUGUCUAAAUGUGAACUUUGAUACAUCCGGGUGGAAUUUGAUUUUUAGCAAUGGUUCGAAUGAUCAGAAUGCCGAAUUUGACGUUACUCGCCCGAUCUCUGCUUCUACCUUUUCUCUACACCAACCUUUCCAACCAUCAACUUCAUUUAACUUCAGCGAUUGGUUGAAUCACAUUCUGACUAUAUUCUGUUGUACUAAUCUACUAGCAGUAGCAUUUAAGCCAGGCAGUGAGCAGUUUGAAAUGGAAUCACUGAAGAAUACGUUAAACAACGUCAAUAGUCUUGCUAUAACUGAAGGUGUCACUGAUAUUCACAGCAAACAAAUUUUGAAUAGUUUCAAAGACCUGAAAAAACUCGCUUUGGAAAGCAAUCCAUUUGAAGAUAAUUGUGAAGUUCAAACAUUUUUCAUUCAAAACUUCGAAAAAAUUGAGUUUCGUGAUGUAUACUCACUGGAUGAUAUGUUGUUGGUCAACAGUGAAGAAGUCAGAUUCACAAAACCAAUAUCUCAGAAACAGUUCAACCAAUUCCUCAAACACUGGAUCCGUGGUUCGAAUCCAAGACUUCAAGACAUGUUCCUAUCAAUCGAUAAUACUACUUCCGUGAGCAGAGAAGUGCUUCUAAAAGGAAUUGAUUGUGUUGAUGUGGCAGAAGUGAAGCAACUUGCAAUCUGUGAGGAACAAGGAAUUGUCAGUGAUUAUAUGGUUGAGAUCAGACGGAACGACGAGACAACUGCAGUGAUUGCGACCAAGGAUUUCGAAAAUAUUCUUUACAUCCGUUUCUUCGCCUAUUACUAA